UUAGAUUUUUGUUGCUAUUUCUUUUAUACCUGAUGACGAUUUCUCGUGUUGCGAUCGAAACGUCGUAGUAUGCUGUUACUUAAUUUAUUAUUUUAUCUUUAUACGUCACUUUACCGAAAGAACCAAAGAAUGAAUCAAAACCCGUUUGCGACCUCUGGCACGUGCCCCCCCCCCCCAGCCCGCACCCCGUUGCGGGCAUGGAGAUGGGAGCGCUACUGGAGCACGAGCGGCAGAUGGCGCAGGAGGUGAUGGCGGAGGACGGUCUGGUGGUGACGGCGCGCGGGAUGGGCGCCGACCGCUUGCUGCUGCACCUCAUCGCUCUGCACUGCGAGCCCGGCGCCCUCCUCGUCGUGAUCAACACCUCGCCCGCCGAGGAGGAGCACUUCAUCGAGGAGUUGCGUAGGGCGGGCGUGUCGCACCUUCCCCGCGUCAUCACUAACGAGGUGAGCGGACCGGAGCGCCAGGACGUGUACCUUCAGGGCGGUGCCUUCUUCAUCACCAGCCGCAUCCUCGUCGUCGACUUCCUCACGGAUCGCAUCCCCGCUCACCUCAUCACAGGAAUCCUGGUGUACAAGGCCCACCGCCUGAUCGAGUCGUGCCAGGAGGCCUUCGUGCUGCGUCUCUUCCGCCAGAAGAACAAGACGGGCUUCAUCAAGGCCUUCUCCGACCAGCCCGUCGCCUUCAGCGCCGGCUUCUGCCGCGUGGAGCGCGUCAUGCGCUCGCUCUUCGUGCGGAAGCUCUACCUCUGGCCCAGGUUCCACGCGGUGGUGCAGGCCAGCCUGGAGCGUCACCGCGCCGACGUGGUGGAGCUGCACGUGUGCGCCACGGCGCCGAUGCGCGCCGUGCAGGCCGCCGCGCUCGAGCUGCUCGACGCGUGCCUCAAGGAGCUGCGGCGCAGCAACCCGGCGCUCGAGUCGGCCGAGCUGACGCUGGAGAACGCCGUCUCCGGCGCGUUCGACAAGACGGUGCGUCUGCAGCUUGACCCCGUGUGGCACACGCUCAGCUGGCGCACGCGCGCGCUCGUCCAGGACCUGAAGCUGCUGCGCACGCUGCUGCUCUACCUGACACAGUACGACGCGGUCACCUUCCUGGGCCUGCUCGAGUCCCUGCGCUCCAGCCAGAAGGCCUUCGGGCAGAACUCCGGAUGGCUUUUCCUCGACGCGGCCAACUCGCUGUUCGUCCACGCCAGGGCUCGAGUCUACGGCUACGGCGACGCCGACGGCAAAACCACCGGCAAAGAGAAAGCGCCGCCCGCCGCCGGGAAGCGGAAAGAGGAGCGCAAGGCGCCGACGGUGGAGAGGAACCCCAAGUGGGACGCGCUCAUGGAGGUGCUGGGGGAGAUCGAGAGGGACGCCGACUCGUGCACAGAGCUCGGGCCGCCCGGGCCCGUGCUGAUCUGCGCUAGCGAUCACCGCACCUGCGCGCAGCUGCAGGAGCUGCUGCGCGUGGGACCCGACGCUCUGCUGCGCCGCCUGCUGUCGCGGGCGCCGGGACGCGGCGAUCCCUCGGCCGCCGCCGCCGCCGCCGGCGCCGCCCCUCCUCCCUCGCCGCCGCCGCAGCCGCUUCGAGGACGCGGCGGCGGUGAAGGCCGCCGCGGCUGGAGGGGCGCGGGGAGACGGGGCGGAGGGAAACGGGCGCGCGGCGGUACGGGGGCGGCGGCCGCUGAGGACGGGGCCCCGGACGGGGGGCCCGCGCGCAAGAAGGGCCGGGGGGACGCGCGGGAGGCCCUGACGCUCACGCAGAUGCUGGGCGGGGAUGAGGCGCAGCACGAGGGGAGGGCACCUGGCGCAGACGAUGGGGGGGACCACGUCGCCGCCACCACCGACGACCUCGGCCUUCCCGGCGACUCCUCCGACUCGGAGCCGGAAGCCGACCCCAACGACCCCAACGCCGUCACCGCCGCCACCGUCACCGCCGCCGGCGUCACCGUCACCGCCACGGAGACGCGUGACGCCGAGUGGCUGAGCGAGCUGUCGGCGGACGGGCGGCUGGCGGUGGCGCGCGCCCCGCUCACCGUGCUGCACCCGGUGCAGGGCUGCGCCGAGCCCUACGGGCUGGCGCGCGUGCUGCGCGAGCUGCGGCCACGCUCCGUCGUGCUGUACGACGCCGAGCUGGCGCUCGUGCGCCAGCUCGAGGUCUACAAGGCCGGGCAGCCGGGCCGCCCGCUGCGUGUCUACUUCCUGAUCUUCGGAGGCUCCACGGAAGAGCAGCGCUACCUCACGGCGCUUCGCAAGGAGAAGGAGGCGUUUGAGCUUCUCAUCAGGGAGAGGGCCAGCAUGGUGGUUCCGGAGGAGCGGGAAGGGAGAGCUGAAGACACGAACCUGGACCUCAUGCGAGGGAGCCAGGACCCCGACGCAACCGUGGACACGCUCAGAGCAGGCGGGCAGGCAGACGGCGGCGGGGACCGCGGGCGCAGCGUGAUCGUGGACAUGCGCGAGUUCCGCAGCGAGCUGCCGGCGCUGCUGCACCGGCGCGGCCUGCGCGUGGACCCCGUCACCAUCGCCGUGGGCGACUACCUGCUCACGCCGCAGUUGUGCGUCGAGCGCAAGAGCGUGGGCGACCUGGUGGCCUCGCUGGGCAACGGGCGGCUCUACGCCCAGUGCACCGCCAUGUGCCGCCGCUACCGCCGCCCCGCGCUGCUCAUCGAGUUCGACCCGGGCAAGCCGUUCUCGCUGCAGGCGCGCAGCGGGGGCACCAUGUACCAGGAGAUCUCCUCCACCGACGUGUGCUCCCGCCUGGCGCUGCUCACGCUCCACUUUCCCCGCCUGCGCUUGCUGUGGUGCGCCUCGCCGCACGCCGCCGCUCAGCUCUUCUGCGAGCUCAAGGUCGGCCAUGCCGAGCCCACCGCCCCGGCCGAAGCCGACGGUGACCCCAACAGCGGUGACCCCGACCCCGACCCCGACGCUUCGGCGUUCAACCCCGGCCCCUACGACCUUCUCCUGCGUCUGCCCGGCGUGACGGCGCGCUGCUGCCGGGCCGUGGCGCGCCGCGCCGGCUCGCUGGCCCAGCUGGCGCGGCUGAGCGUUGGCGAGCUCGCCGAACUGCUGGGCGGGGAGGGAGCCGCGCGGCGCCUGCACGAGUUCGUGCACGCGCCGUACGCCGACGUGCUGGCCGCAGCCGCCGCUGCCGGAGGAGGCGGUGGGAGACCGGUGGUCAAGCGUGGCGCCAGGGGCGGGUUUGGUGGAGGCGGUGGAGGCAGGGCACCGCAGUUCAAGAAGUAGCGAGAGAAACUGCCCUGGGGUUGGUGGUGUCGCGAGUUGUCGUGCGUGCGUGCGUAUGACAGAGGUCGCAAUCGGGUAGCCGGUACCCGUACCCUACCCGAUACCCGGCUACCCGUACCCAGCUGGGUACGGGUAGCCGUUUGCGACCCUGGUGCGGCCGGGUACGGGUAGCCACACGUGACUCACCCCAACCAUUGAGUGAGAAGGCCGUGAGUCACUGGUGAGUCACCGUUUGUCACUAAUUUCCCAACGUCUUGUCUCUUCUCACAAUUCAAGUUCCUAGAAUCAACCCACCCGCGCCUGCAACAUGGCUUCAUCCCAGAGGUCGCAAUCAGGUACCCGAUACCCGUACCCUACCCGAUACCCGUACCCUACCCGAUACACGGCCGGGUACGGGUAGCCGGGUAUCGGGUAUGGCAGGGGUCGGCAACCUACGGCUCCGGAGCCGCAUGCGGCUUUUUACGGGCUGCUUCUUGACGAUGAGUACGUAUGUACUCAGAUGCAUUGCGGCUCUUGAAAUACUGAAUUUUGUACCGAAUUGGAAAGAAAUGGCUCUUCUUGUUAUUUUGGGUGCCGACCCCUGGGGUAUGGGUACUGGUACCCGUUUGCGACCCUAGUCCGGCCGGGUACGGGUAGGCCGUGAGUCACUGGUGAGUAACCGUUUGUCACUCAUUUCCCAACGUCUUGUCUCUUCUCACAAUUCAAGUUCCUAGAGUCAACCCACCCGCGCCUGCAACAUGGCUUCAUCCCAGAGGUCGCAAUCAGGUACACGAUACCCGGCUACCCGUACCCGGCCGGGUACGGGUAGCCGGGUAUCGGGUAGGGUACGGGUACCCGUUUGCGACCCUGGUGCGGCCGGGUACGGGUAAGGAAUCAAAACCCGUUUGCGACCUCUGGCGUGAUACUAAGGAACGGUCGUGUAGCAGUUAGCGCGCUGCGCUACGAACCUGGUGACACGAGUUCAAUUCCUGCUCACAGCCAACACCAGUGACGAUUAUCUGAACGGGUCUUGGGCCUCCCCUAGGUCCGCUCGGCCUCAAAUGAGCACCUGGUGCGGUGUGUAAACAUCGUCUUUAGGGAGACAAAGGCGGUCGGGCGUGGUGCUGGCCACCCACCCUCUCGUAUCACGUGUCAGCCUUCGUAGGUGCUUGCCAACAGCACUUGCCCCGACAGUCUGUUAAGGCUACACGGGGGAUCUCUGUCUUUUUGUAAUGCUGAAGAUGCGUGUUAGCGCGUGUGUGUGUGUCGUGUUAGCGCGUGUGUGUGUGUCGUGUUAGCGCGUGUGUGCGUGUCGUGUUAGCGCGUGUCGUGUUAGCGCGCGUGUGUGUGCGUGUCGUGUUAGCGCGCGUGUGUGUGCGUGUCGUGUUAGCGCGCGUGUGUGUGCGUGUCGUGUUAGCGCGUGUGUGUGUGCGUGUCGUGUUAGCGCGUGUGUGUGUGUGCGUGUCGUGUUAGCGCGUGUGUGUGUG